UCGCAGCAUCGGUUAAUCUGAAAACCCUAGACGUUGGCCCUCCACCUCACCACCCGCUACCUCAUAGGCGACUGAUGAGAGAGAGCACAGUCACACUGUAAUGGAAACCGCCACUGAGUUGGCUCCUCAACUCGCUCCCAUGGCCGAGUCCACGGCAGCAGUCGGCGAAGGCCCUGCUCCGACCGCCAUGGACGACCAGGCCGCGCCGAGUCCGAACGGAGUUCCCCACCUGACCCCUGAGGAGCUCGUUGCUAAGGCCAUUGCUCCCGUGAAGAGGGAAUUCCUCCGGCCGCCGCCGUCCAGGACACAGAACGACACCGCCCAUGAGAAUAAGAAGGCUGAUGCGGCCCAGGCUGGUCUGGCCAGGGAGAAGAAAUCUAAGCGGCAGCUCAAACGCGAACGCCGACAGGAAAAGAAAUCUGCUCUGAAUCUCUGUCCCGAGAUUGCAAAAACUGGGGAUGUGGCUUCAUGCCCCUACAAGGAUAAGUGUCGGUUUGGCCAUGACCUGGAAGCAUUCAAGACUCAGAAACCUGCUGAUUUGGAGGGAGAGUGCCCUUUCCUGGGAUCUGAAGAGCCCUGCCCUUAUGGUUUGGCCUGCAGGUUCUCUGGCACCCACCGUGAGGGUCUCCUUGGUGCUAAUACUCCUGGUUCUCGCAAGAAGAGUUCCGAGAUGAAUGCAUUGAACAAAGAUGUGCAGAAACUUUUGUGGAAAAAUAAAAUGCCCUUUCCAAAGUCUGAUGCCCAACUCAAAAGGCUUGGCCUUAGGGGGCCAAAUAAAUCACUGAAAAAGAUGCUGGAGGGUGAAAUAAGUGAUAUACCUCUUUCUAAUAAUUGCAAAGUCGCUGAGGAAAAUGACUCUGAUGGCGGGGUUGCUCGCGAUUCAAGGAAUGAAUUGGAUCAUCCAUCACAAGUGUCCAGAGAGGAGAAUGUCUCUGAUGACUUGGCCACUGAAGAAAUUCGGCCAUUAAAGAAAGCAAAAAAUGAGUCGGAGGAGAAGAAUUCAUCUAUUGAUGCAGGUACAACUGUCCUGAGGAAACACCUUGACCGAAUCCAUACAGAGACAGAAACUGAUGCCUCUACAGAUAGUAUGGCUACAGAAACUGAUAGAAGUCUUAAGCUACAUCCACGUGAAAAGAAGCUCAUUGAUUUUAGAGACAAGCUGUACCUUGCUCCUCUGACCACAGUUGGAAAUCUUCCUUUCCGAAGGGUUUGCAAAUUUUUAGGGGCAGAUAUAACAUGUGGUGAAAUGGCAAUGGGUACAAAUUUAUUGCAGGGUCAAGCAUCAGAAUGGGCAUUGCUGAGACGGCAUUCCUCAGAGGAUAUGUUCGGUGUGCAGAUAUGUGGAGCAUACCCAGAUACUGUGGCCCGCACGGUUGAACUGAUAGACCAGGAAUGCACUGUGGACUUUAUCGAUAUUAAUAUGGGGUGUCCAAUUGAUAUUGUUGUCAACAAGGGUGCUGGAUCUGCUCUUCUUACAAAACCAAUGCGAAUGAAAGCUGUUGUUGAAGUAUCUUCUAGUACAGUGGACACCCCUAUAACCAUAAAGGUGAGAACAGGAUAUUUCGAAGGCAAAAACCGCAUCGAUUCUCUGAUAGCAGACAUGGGUAAGUGGGGAGCUAGUGCAGUGACCAUUCAUGGCCGAUCACGUCAGCAGCGUUAUAGUAAACUUGCUGAUUGGGACUACAUAGACCAAUGUGCCAGAGGAGCCCCCUAUUCUCUGCAAGUCCUUGGGAAUGGAGAUAUCUUUUCAUAUCUAGAUUGGAAUAAGCACAAGUCUGACUGCCCUGAGCUCUCCUCAUGCAUGAUUGCUCGAGGUGCACUAAUUAAGCCUUGGAUAUUUACUGAAAUCAAGGAACAGAGGCAUUGGGACAUCUCAUCGGGUGAACGGCUGAAUAUAUUGAAGGAUUAUGUUCGGUUUGGGCUUGAACAUUGGGGUUCUGACCGAAAAGGAGUGGAGACAACGAGGCAUUUCUUGUUGGAAUGGUUGAGUUACACGUACAGAUAUGUUCCAGUCAGUCUUUUAGAUGUAAUUCCACAGAAACUGAACUGGCGGCCCCCAUCCUAUUAUGGACGUGAUGACCUUGAGACACUGAUGGCCUCUGAUUCUGCUGCUGAUUGGAUUCGGAUCUCGGAGAUGCUUCUCGGUAGGGUCCCAGAUGGUUUCACAUUUGCCCCAAAGCAUAAGUCUAAUGCCUAUGACAGAGCGGAGAAUGGCUAAUUUGGACAUCUACUCAGAGUUGGAUUAACCUGCUCCAGUUUUGUUGUACCCAUAUGAUAUGAUAAUAAUGCGAUAAAUUUUACGAUAAAUCACAGCUGGUGGCAAGGCUUCAAAGCCGGACGGAAGUCUUAGAUGCACUUUCCCUGGAAAGGGAUAAGUUGCUGAAACGCUUCUUGGUUGUGUAUCCUCGGGAAACAUAGAAGCUUUUUCCAGAGCAGCCUUUUCAAUUGGAGAGCCUUCAUAUGUAUCAACAGCUUUUUGGAUGUUUAAAAGCAAAGCAGUAUCUAUUCAAUUUCUUCGAGUCUUCUUUC